GCUCAGCGAGCCACAGGGCCAGCUACUGCAAACGGCUGGAGCAAUGUGGCCUGGAGAUUACGGAGCGAGAGCGUGGUAGCCAUGCCUUUGCCUUGCGGAUUGUUUUGUGCAUUUCUGUCUUCCGAUCAAAGAGGAGAGUGAGAAUGAAUGCCCGGCGGCGUCGUAUCUGAAAGCAGGCAGAAGCAAUGUAAGGACUUCUGCCGGCUCGGGAAGUAGAAGAGCAAGUAGAUGACUUAGAAAACCAAAAAACUCGACACGAAAAUUAUUAGAGAUCAUGAGAAGGCGCAUCUAGUUGUAGCUAAAGGAAAAGUUGCAAAGUAAGGCGAUUUUCAUCUCCAUUUUCUUUAGCUACGAGACGGACCUCCUCGCUCAGCGUCAUCUUCCAGCAUCCAAAAAUGAAAAUUGUUGCACAAGCAGUAAAAAAGCUGGAUGUGUAACGUGUAAGUUGUGGUGUGUUGUUUGAUGUCCUUCUACCAGAUCAUGAACAUGCCAACAAUGUCCACGGUCACAACCCUGAAAACCCCCCGCAUGCUGGAGCUGGAGGGGUUGUUCGAGGAGUUGCAGUUGGAGCGCGCACGAUUAGGCGAUUUAGUAGACCAAUACGAUCAGUACCGUAUCAGCAAGAGAAACAGUGCAUUGCCAUUGCGAAACGAACGGAAUUGCAAGUCGGUCAUGCAUUGUCAUUAUCAGACACAAUACAAAGACAAACAUGGCCAUGGGGAUGGAGAUACCACUUUACUUACUUGCAGCUGCAGCAGCAUUUCUACACAUCCGCACUCCGUGUUGAGCUUGAGUGGCAAGCGCUUUUCCAUUGCAUACACUAGUUGGACCGCGCGACCAAACCCGCAAGUAGCAGUACUGCAUCUUCCAGUGGCACAACCAGUUGUUCUGGAUUGAACGAGAUGAACAAUGAAGGGCCACAUGAUGUUGACCAGGAGGAUCUGCUGCAGAAUUCUGGUGCCGCCAAUCAUGCUAACCUCCAUGAAAAUGACAGUGCCAUGCAUGCAAUACAACAAGACUUUUGCAUUACAAAUCUGCUGGCUUCUGGCCGCUUUAUUCCUUCUCAACGAGCACCGCAGCAGUGUGACUACGACUUCUCAUGCGUGCUUUUCUAGAUAGAAGUAGUAUGAGUACGACGCAACUGUCCUGUUUACGUUCCAUAAGUUGCGCGGAACCAACUACAACAAACACUCCACCAUCUUCCUCCACAUCCGCCAUGAAAAUCGACUCCCUGAUCCAGGGCGUCGCCGAAGUUUUUCAGGACAUAGUGGAAAGCGUCAUGGUAUCCUGUGCAAAAGUAUCGUACUCGUAUUGCAAGCAUGCAUUACAAAUUUUUAUCCUAAGGCAUAUCCGCAUUACAAAUUUUAUGUCUCAUGCUGAGGAAAUUUGUAAUGCAUUUAUACGAGUACGAUGCUUUUGCAUUGCAUACAUGGUGGACCCGAUUGUUUCCGCGGUUGUUCGGAAGAACAAAAACGUGGGCGUGAAGACGACAAGUGCACCAAGUGGCUCCUGUUCAUCAUCCUCUACUGCUGGUGUUGCAGCUGCCGCAUCUUCCACCACGACAAAUAAACAUGGUGGCAGAGCUUCCUCCUCUACAACCACUGCGUCUGUGCAAUUCCGGGAUUCGGUUUCCGUCGUGGGCGGCGUGGAACAGCAGUUGAUUUUGGAAUUGGAAGCCUUGAAAAGGUUGGCGAGCGGUGGAAGAAGUAGUUGUAGACCGGAGGACUACGACGAUGUGCACGGUGCUGCAAAUGAUGACGAUCACGACGAAGUUGUGGCUUCUGAUGAACAAGAAAAUAAUUUCGCAAAUUUUUCCAGCAACGCAACCAUGUUGAAAAGACAGCAAGAAAUUGAGCGGAUUCUGCGGAUUGCGCGGAUCGGUGUCGGGGGAACCCGGAGGUUUUUGGCCCGGGGAGAGGGGGAGAUGGAAGUGGAGUGAUGAAGGAGAUACAGAGAGGCUUUUGGGAAAAGUGAUAAGACAUAAAAACGUUUUUGAGAUAAACAAGGUGGAUCAGGAACGAAUUCUGAAAAAAAUCUGCAUAAUCAGAGAACCGCAUCAGACCAGCCAGAGGGCUUGAGGAGCGCAGGUUUCAGUAGUGUGAAAGAAAUAACAAUAAG